GCCCCAUCGCCCAGCCGGAAGGGUCGCCCGCUUCGCCGGGCCGGGCCGUUCCCGCCGCUCCGGGGCUCGGUGGCGCUCGGCGUGGUUGCCAUGGCGGCGGUUGCUGCGGCGACGAGGUGGCGGCUGCUUCUCGUGCUGAGCGCCGCGGGGCUGGGGGUCACAGGCGCCCCGCAGCCCCCCAACAUCCUGCUCCUGCUCAUGGACGACAUGGGGUGGGGCGACCUUGGGGUGUACGGAGAACCUUCCAGAGAGACCCCGAAUUUGGACCGGAUGGCUGCGGAAGGGAUGCUUUUCCCGAACUUCUACACGGCCAAUCCCCUGUGCUCCCCUUCCAGGGCGGCUCUGCUCACCGGACGCCUGCCCAUCCGCAGUGGCUUCUACACCACCAACGGGCACGCGAGGAACGCCUACACUCCACAGGAGAUAGUGGGCGGCAUCCCGGACUCAGAGCUCCUGCUGCCGGAGCUGCUGAAGGAGGCCGGCUACACCAGCAAGAUCGUGGGCAAGUGGCAUCUGGGCCACAGGCCUCAGUUCCACCCCCUGAAGCACGGAUUCGACGAGUGGUUUGGAUCCCCCAACUGUCACUUUGGACCUUAUGACAACAAGGCCAGGCCCAACAUCCCUGUGUACCGGGACUGGGAGAUGGUUGGCAGAUUUUAUGAGGAAUUUCCAAUUAACCUGAAGACCGGAGAAGCCAACCUCACCCAGAUCUACCUGCAGGAAGCACUGGACUUCAUUAAGAGGCAGCAGGCAGCUCGCCGCCCCUUCUAUCUACACUGGGCCAUCGACGCGACACACGCGCCUGUUUAUGCCUCCAGGCCUUUCCUGGGCACCAGCCAGCGAGGGCGUUACGGGGACGCCGUCCGGGAGAUUGACGACAGCGUCGGGAAGAUCCUGCACCUCCUCCGGGACCUGAGCAUCGCAGAGAACACCUUUGUUUUCUUCACGUCCGACAACGGCGCUGCCCUCAUUUCUGCGCCUAGACAAGGUGGCAGCAACGGCCCCUUUCUGUGCGGGAAGCAGACCACGUUUGAAGGUGGGAUGAGGGAGCCUGCGAUCGCCUGGUGGCCCGGGCACAUCCCUGCCGGCCAGGUGAGCCACCAGCUGGGCAGCAUCAUGGACCUCUUCACCACCAGCCUGUCCCUCGCAGGCCUGGAGCCACCCAGGGACAGGGCCAUCGACGGCCUGGACCUCCUCCCCACCAUGCUCCAGGGCCGCCUGACAGACAGGCCGGUAUUCUACUACCGUGGCAACACGCUGAUGGCGGUCACCCGUGGCCAGUACAAGGCCCACUUCUGGACCUGGACCAAUUCCUGGGAGGAGUUCAGGCAGGGCGUGGAUUUCUGCCCCGGGCAGAACGUGUCAGGGGUCACCACCCACUCGCAGGAGGAGCACACUAAGCUGCCGCUGGUCUUCCACCUGGGACGAGACCCCGGGGAGAGGUUCCCCCUCAGCAUUGCCAGCACCGAGUACCUGGACGCCCUUCGCCAGAUCACCCCGGUUGUCCGGCAGCACCAGGAGGCCUUGGUCCCCGGACAGCCGCAGCUCAAUGUGUGCAACCGGGCGGUCAUGAACUGGGCGCCCCCGGGCUGCGAGAAGUUAGGGAAGUGCCUGAUGCCCCCGGAGUCUGUCCCAGAGAAGUGUUCCUGGCCCCACUAGCACCGGCUUGGGCUCAGGACAGGAGCCUCAGGGCUCCUGUGCUGCAAGAGCCCCAGCUCCCUCUGCCCUGACUGCUGCCAGACGGACGGCACCUGUAGCCAGCAGCAGGACCCGCAAGACUACGCAGCCCAGCCCUGGAGUCAGCUCCCAGCCCACCGGGCCUGUCUGACUCUACAGCCGCAGGCUCACAUCAGCCCCUGAACCGGAGGCUGCCUGCCUCAUGUCCUCCGCUCUGCUCCAGCUACCUCCCAGCUGCCUCUUCCAGGGCCUGAGCUCUGCCGCAGGACCCAGAGGCCUGACUCGCCGUGGCUGCCCCUGCAGUCCCCUCAGGACUUCAGCCCUGGUGUCAAGGGCGGCCGUGCCAAUCCUGCGUUGCCCCUUGGCGCUGUGCACAGGGGAUACCCCAGCGCCCCUCCCCCCACCAUGGUCGAGGGGUGUGAACAUGAAGGGGGAGGAGGCCAAGGGCCUCCCUGUCCCGGAGGAGCCUCGACAGCCAAGGCCUCCCCAGUCCAGCGCGGACAGCUGAAGCCAUCAGCUUCCCUGGAGAUCAGGACUCCCAACCCCAGCACACCGUGGGGCCCGCCUGUGCUUCAGCACUCCCGUCCUCGGGCCCAGGGUGGCAGCGCUUGAGGACGAGCCCAUUCACCAGCGAAAUCAGGAGAGCCUGAGCAGGACUGUGAACGGCCUCCAGGGACUUCCCCUUAAGGCUCGUGGGUCGUUUCCAUUGUGUGGAGUUUCCACUCUGCAGCCUGUCACACCAACUCUGUACUGUUGUUAAGACUUGGGAAAUUAUGAAGAGAACAGGUUUAGAAUAAAGUAACAGGCAUUUUA